GCGGGGCGGGACGGGGUGGGCACCGGGGGCUGGGCAGGGUAGACGGAGCCCUCUCGAAGCAGCGGGCGCGCAGGGUUCUGAGAGCCCUCCGCUGCUCCCUCUGCGGGAAGGCGCGUGUUGUCCAGCAGAGGUGCCGCCUCUCCCGAGCUGCUGCUCGCGGUGGGCUGUGCUCUCUGUUCUCCUCGGGAAGAGAGGGGCAGAGCGGGAGAGGGUGGUGAAAGAUGCUGUGGCUGCCUGUCGCCUUCCAGUUGGUGCUGGUGCUGUGCAGCCAGGGCACGGAAAGGUGCCCGUCAGCCUUCUGCGAGUGCUCCGACUGGGAUGACUACAAAAUUACUUGCAGGGAUAUCCACUUCAUUCCCAGCCUUCCAGAGGACACUCAGACCCUGAGGUUUAUGGAGACCCAUCUAAGAACAAUUCCCAGUGAAGCAUUUUCCAAUCUCCCCAACAUCUCUAGAAUUUAUAUCUCCAUAGAUGAAACACUUCAGAGUCUGGAGGCCCACUCCUUCAACAGCUUAAGUAAAGUCACUCACAUUGAAAUUCGAAAUCUUAGAAACUUGGAUUACAUAGAUCCAGAUGCCUUUAAGAACCUUCCACUACUGAAAUACCUUGGUAUUUUUAAUACUGGACUCAAGGUAUUUCCUGACCUCACUAAAAUCUAUUCAUCUGAUGUGAACUUUUUACUUGAAAUUGCAGAUAAUCCUUUCAUGACUUCAGUGCCUGCAAAUGCUUUCCAUGGGCUCUGCAAUGAAUCUCUAACUCUCAAACUCUACAAUAAUGGUUUUACCAGCAUCCAAGGCCAUGCUUUUAAUGGGACAAAUCUGGAUGCUAUCUAUCUGCACAAGAACAAAUACCUGAAAGUUAUCAAUGAAGAUGCAUUUCUGGGAGUGCAUAGUGGACCAACUCUACUGGAUAUCUCCAGAACAGUCAUUGUUAAUCUUCCUGUCAAAGGAUUGGAAAGCCUUAAAGAACUAAUGGCCCGGAACACAUGGACUUUAAAGAAAUUACCAGCUGUAAAGAUAUUUCUCCAGCUAAUUCGAGCUGAUCUAUCCUAUCCAAGUCACUGCUGUGCUUUCAAGAACUGGAAAAAAAACAGUGGAAUUCUGGAGUACUUGAUGUGUAACCAGUCUGGCAGUCACAGUUCUCGAAAUAGAAGAUCGUUCAGAGCUAUCAGAGGACCAUUUUACAAAGAUUAUGCAGAAGAAUACACAGAGCGCACUGAUACUGUUUAUGACAAAAACACCAAGUUCACAAAUUUCCAUGAAAAUUCCCAAUAUUAUAUAUUUUUGGAAGAGCAUGGGGAAGGAAAUGUUGGGUUUGGCCAAGAGCUCAAAAACCCUCAAACUGAAGACAUGCAGGCCUUUGACAGUCAUUAUGACUAUCUUGUCUGUGGAGGCAGUGAGGAUGUAAUAUGCACUCCAGAGCCUGAUGAGUUUAAUCCCUGUGAGGACAUAAUGGGAUACCAGUUUCUGAGGAUUGUGGUAUGGUUUGUGAACCUGCUGGCCAUCAUAGGUAAUGUUUUUGUCCUUUUUAUCCUUCUAACCAGCCAUUACAAACUAACUGUACCACGCUUUCUUAUGUGCAACCUGGCCUUUGCUGAUUUUUGUAUGGGGUUAUACCUUCUCCUGAUUGCUUCAGUGGACCUCUACACCAGGUCAGAGUACUAUAAUCAUGCUAUAGAGUGGCAGACAGGGCCUGGUUGCAACACAGCAGGUUUCUUCACAGUCUUUGCUAGUGAGCUUUCUGUGUACACACUUACUGUGAUCACCCUGGAGCGCUGGUAUGCCAUCACCUUUGCCAUGCGUCCCAAUCGAAAGAUUCGCCUCCGCCAUGCUUUGGUUAUCAUGCUGGGAGGUUGGCUUUCAUGCUUUCUUCUUGCCCUUUUGCCACUGGUUAGAGUCAGCAGCUACAGCAAAGUCAGCAUCUGCUUACCUAUGGACACUGAAACACCAGUGGCCGAAGCCUAUGUUGUCUUUGUUUUAAUAUGUAACAUUAUUGCUUUUGUCAUCAUUUGUGCCUGCUACAUAAAAAUCUAUAUCACUGUACGAAACCCUCAGUAUAAGUCAGGAGACAAAGACACCAAAAUUGCCAAGAGGAUGGCUGUGCUGAUUUUCACUGACUUUCUGUGCAUGGCUCCUAUCUCUUUCCAUGCUCUAUCUGCUAUCAUGAACAAACCACUGAUAACAGUCACUAAUUCCAAGAUUUUGCUGGUACUUUUCUACCCACUCAACUCUUGCGCCAACCCAUUUCUAUAUGCUAUUUUCACCAAAGCUUUCCGAAGAGAUGUGUUUAUCCUGCUAAGCAAGUUUGGCAUAUGUGAGCAUCAGGCUCAAGUCUACAGAGGUCAAACAAUCUCAGUCAAAAACAGCAGCGGCUCUUACGGGCAGAGAAUCAGCCAAGGGAUAGGUCAGAUUCUUACAAGCAUCCAAGACCCAGUCAAUGAUUACCUUCCUGCUAUGACAAUGCAAAACCAAAUUCUUGCAGAAGAAUGCAAGCAGACUGAACUAUGAUGUCUCAAAGUGUCACCAUUAUCACCAUUUGGUCAACAUGUUGUUGUAUAUACAGUAGACUGAGUGAGAAGUGCACAUUUUCUCCCUAUUUUCCCCUCCCCUCCCCUUGUGAUGGCUGGUGUACCUUCAGAAAGACAACUCUUUCACUUGAAACUUCUUGUCUCACAUUUGUACCAGUGCAGGUCAAAAGAUACUGUUCCAAUUAUGCUGCUGGAAAUGGAUGGGAAAAUUAUAUAUACAUGUAAAUUUCCCAUCCAUUUCCAGCAGUAUAAGUUUUUUAUUUAUAUAUAUAUAUAUAUAUAUAUGAAAAAUUAACGUACAGAAAAAGACAGCAACUAUGAAAUGUAUCCUCAUCUAAAGAAAAUAAGGGAGGAGACCAAGUGUAAAAUGUCAGGGAACUUUUAUGACUGAAAAGGAAUGUGGUUUUAUAGAUAGAGUGAUAUUUUAAGAUAUUAGUUGAAGAUCUCAAAUGGCAAUUGGCUAUGUAUAAAAUGAUUCAGUUUCUUUCUUCUAAGAGAAGCUAAAAAGCUUUCUUUCUUCCACCAAAGCUAAAAUGGAACAGAUUACUUCUGCUUCUAUCACCAUGACAUGCAAUUUAUCAGUUUUUGGUUUAGUUGGGUGAAUUGCAAAGAGAAGCGUCUUCAUAUUACAUUCAUAGUGAUUAAAGGCAAAUGUCAUUGACUUUACUGCAAUCCAUAACUGAUGACAAACAUGGGCAUUUGUCCAUGUGUGUUAAAAGAGAUCUCUUGCUAUCAGUUUCUCUCACUUUUUCAUGAACCUAAAUAAGAGAUUGUUUAGUCUGAAUGUCUUUUGAAGAUCAGCCUACCCAGUCAAGUUAAUGAUCUUCAUAUUUUUGCUGUCUAAAACCUAAGAUUGUACUAAAUUUUAACACCACCUCAUUCUUUACCUAACCCCAGUCCUGUUUAGUCUGAACAUCAGGAAGCACUUUGCUGCACAUAUGGCUGAGCAUUGGCACAGGCUGCCCAUAGAGGCGUGAAGUCUUCUUGGAGAUCUCCAAAAGUCUGGACACAGCGCUGGGCAGCCUGCUCUGGUUGACCCUUCUUGAGCAGAGGUUGGAGCAGACAGACCCAGAGGUCCCUUCCAGCCUCAACCAUUUUGCAAUUCCAUGAAUGUGCCCAUAUUUAUCAUUACAGAAUUGUAGGGUUGGAAAGGACCUCUGGAGAUCAUCUAGUCCAGCUUCCUGCUAAAGCAGGUUCCUUACAGUAGGUUGCAAAGGAAAUCAUUCAGGUGGGUUUUGAAAUCUCCAAAGAAGGAGACUCCACAACCUCUAUGGGUAACCUCUUCCAGUGUUCUGUCACCCUCAAAGUAAUGAAGUUUUUUCUCAUGUUUAUAUGGAACUCUCUGUGACCACUGUACCUUGUCCUGCCACUGGGCAUCACUGGAAAAAGAAACCUGGCCCCAUCCUAUUGACAACUACUCUUUAGAGAGUACACUAAACACUCUAAUUACUGCUAUCCACACUUACCUCUUCCUUACAUGGCUAGAAUGACUUUCCUUCUAGCACUUGCUGUGCCAAGUUUGCAUCUACCCUUAAACAAAAAGGGUGGAUUCUGCCUUCAGGCUACUUCAUGCCCUUCAGGUACUGAAUAGAAGGCCAACUGCUAGCUCCUACAACAUGUCUUAAGAACAUCCCUGUGCCCUGUGGGGAGAUCUGUAUCUGAACUUCAUAAUGUUUGCAGUUCAGCUACAUCCACCACAUGGUUAGCUUAUGGCUGGCCACUGUGUGCCUGCAGCUUAGGUGCAUACUCUCCACGCUGUACUUAAGGAAACGCAAACUCAGAUCUAGAAACAUUGCACUGACUCUUGCUACAGUGAAGCACUAAACCAUUCUUCUGUCACACUUGUUGCUAAAAAAGGUCAGAUAACAGACGAAGCUUGGCCAUGCCUCAGUUCAUCCGCAUGCAGUAAGCAAAUGAACUGUGGUAUGGCACUCUACGUCUCCUGCAGACAUGAGGACUCAAGGUAGGAGCUGCUCUGCAUCAGGUUCCUUAACAUUUUUAUGAGGCCUGAGUGCCUGGUCCUGCCAGCAGGAUCAGACCCAUUCUCAGCCAGAGGUAGAAACUAGCUCUGUUAGACUAGUACAAGAUAGCAAUUGAUCAUUUCACCCAUCAGUUUGGAAGGUGUACCAUGAGAACAGAGAAUACUCAGUGAAUCUCCACCUUCAGGUAGGUAUUUUAAGUUCCACUUGUAAUAUCUACACUGUCAAUAUUACUUUCAUGGAAUUACAGUCUUUGGGGAACAGUGAUUAAAUUUAACAGACAGCAGUCGGAUCAUCCAUAGUCAGAGCUAGUAAUGUUCAGACAAACAUAAUGGCAGAGUCCUUUCAAAACCGAGCUACCACAGCCAGUAACUGCAUGAUUGUGAAUGCCAUGUACAUACUUCAGUUAAAAAGCAAUUUGAUUCCAUAUUCCUGAUUAUAAAUACAAGCUGCUUCCAUGUGCUGAACCGGGCAUCUAGAUUCACCAACAAUGUGACAUGGUCUCAUAAAAAAAAAUAUUAUGUAAUUGUUAAGUCCAUUAAAAAAAAAUGCAUUACUGAUUAAUUUACCUGCUUAUUUUGGGGAGGGGCAUGCUUCCAUUUCAUUUUACUUUCAGCUGACUUGGAAACAGAAAUCACUCUGUGGCCUGGACUCAGCAGGUGAUAAUCAGAAAUGCAAAUGUAGCUUCUUAGUGCACAGAUUCUGCUAAUCUCCUAGGGCAAACACCCCUGGAACUGUUGCUGCUUUCAAAACACAUGGCCCUGUCCAAGAGUACAAUACGAAGCAAGUUACAAGAUGCAACUCCCUGCCCUCAAGUUCUGUUGUACUUCUGAUUCUGGAGUAAUCAUUACAGGGAGAAAAAGUUACCCGUCCAUACUCUGAUGAGUGCCUUUAUCACUUCAGCAGCUGAGACGAUAAGUUCCAAUGAACAUACUGUAUAUUCAUGCUAUAAAUUUCAUAUGUGCCAGGGUACCAGCAGGGAAAAAAAUCCCAACUUGAAUUGUUUUUUCUUCAGAAAAAGAGGAAAGACUAAAUCAGCAUUAAUUUAAAAAAAUGCUUUUAAAACUACCACAGUUCACUUAUUUCAAACUUCAAUUUUUCCACCUUAAACUAAACCAGAAGAUUUAUUUCAUGGAAAUUACUUGGAUAUUGGAAAGAUGUGGUGUGUUGGACUGACUGUAGAAUGCUUUUGAAUUAAUGCAGUCACUUGCUGUUACUUUUGGAAGAUGUGUAUUUAUACAUUAUUGAACUUUUUUUAACCUCCCAUCCCUGCAUAUCUAUUUUUUGUCAAUUGAAAGGAUUCCGUGAUAUUGCCUUUAUGAACAAGGUUAGGUAUUUUUUGUCUUGUAUAAUCUUUAUGGUGUUGAAAAGCUGAUGAAAAAUAUUAUAAAAGCUACGGAAAACAUCCAGGCAGUAGACUUUAAAUAAUUUAUUUGCCAGAUUUUUUACUUGUAAAUAGUUGUAUCCUAUAGAUGUUUUCUCACAUUUCUGCUCUGGUCAGCUCCUUCAGCCGUUCUGGUUCUGCUUAUAACCUGAUGUAAUACUUGCUAUUUAAAAUGUCUCAGCAAGAUGUACUAUUUCUGGCAUGAAGUACUUUUUUUUUCCCUUUGAGAAUACGUCAAGAGUAACUCAGAGUACUGGAAUAAAAUGUUUUGCUUGAAAUUGUAAAAGGCCCUGAGAGCUUUUCUGAAAAUUUUAAGCAAUUUUUCUUACAAAAGAAGUAAAGAAUAUUUCUCCUGAA